AUGGCGCCCAGUUUGGCCAAUCUGAGGGCGAUCAACCUUCCCAGACCUCCGCCGCCCCCAGUGACCAACGCGAUCUCCCCAGCAAUGCUUUUCAUUCUAUAUUUCAUUGGUAUGAACAAUUUAACGAUGCUCUCGGCGAUCGACACCACGGUGAGGAUCAGAAAACCGAUCAAAUCACCGAUGGACCUGAGAAACGACAUGGCUCUACCAGAAUGGCUAAAAAUGAUUUACGACCUCCUGCUAUUCACGGGGAUGGCUUUGAUUUACAUAAGCGAAGCUAUCAUCCUGACGUUUGUUCCGCGACGUUAUCGCGCGAAAUCUAUUAAAGGAGAGAUCACACUGAUAACUGGAGGUGCAGGAGGAAUAGGAAGACUUAUUGCUGUUAAAUUGGCCAAACUUGGAGCACACGUUGUCAUCUGGGACGUCAAUAAGUCUGGGCUUGAGGAUACGGUUCAGGAAAUCAAACGUGAUGGAGGUAAAUGUUGGAGCUACUAUUGUGAUAUCUCCAACAGAGAGGAAGUGUACAGGAUAGCCAAGACUGUGCAGAUUGAAGUCGGCUCUGUAACUCUAUUGAUAAAUAAUGCAGGCUAUGUAUAUGGAAAAACGCUUUUAGAGUUACCAGAUGACGAGAUUGAACGCACUUAUAAAGUAAACAUAUUGUCUCAUUAUUGGAUUACCAAGGCAUUCAUGACGGAUAUGAUGAAAAACAAUCACGGUCACAUCGUGACUGUGGCAAGCGUGGCAGGACUUCUAGGAACCUAUAAUUGCACAGAUUAUUCAGCGACUAAAUUUGCUGCUAUCGGUUAUCACGAGAGCCUCUUCACUGAACUUAAAGCUCAUGGAUAUGAUGGAAUUCAUGCCACUUUAGUUUGUCCUUAUUUUAUCAAUACAGGAAUGUUCCAUGGAGUGAAACCCAGAUUGAUGCCAAUGUUAGAACCUGAGUAUGUAGCUCAAGAAGUUGUGUCAGGAAUAUUGGUGAAUCAGAUAAUGGUUAUACUACCUGAAAGUGUUAGAUAUCUUUUACCACUCAAAUGCUUAUUGCCAGCAAAAAUGUGCUGGGCUCUAAUGUAUCAUAUUAUACGUGGACCUCAAUCUAUGAUGAUGUUCAAGGGAAGAAAGGAAAAGCAAAUAUUGAAAAACAAUAAUAACUUAGCUGUAAUGUCCAAAGAAGUACAUGUACACUAA